UUUCUUUUAUUACAAUUCAGGAAAAGCAACGUUUUCACUGCGGCUUCUGUAGGGAAAUGUUUUUGAAAAACCCAGCUGCUUCCCCAUUUGACUGACAUGCUUUGACUGUUGAGUUAAAAUGACCUAGGAAGACUAUCUCAAACUCAAAGGAUCUGAAAGCCCUGGUUUGUUGAGCUGCUAAAAUAGCUGUGGAAACAUGGAGGUGGUUCAACCAGAUUUACAAUUUAGUAAGACCUUUAAGAAAAAAACACCUCUCCCUUUGGGCCAGCUGGUGGAAGAAUUCAGGAAAGGAAAAGAAGUACCAAAUCACCUUUUGGAAACAAAGAUUUAUGCUAAACUACAGAAAAACAGUGCUAUCGAGGCAGAGCCUGCUGUGCUGCAUUUUGGUGGUUUUGAACUGGGAAAAAGUUAUCAACAGGUCCUGAAUCUGGUGAAUAUUUCUUCUGAUGUAAUAAAUAUCCAUAUUUUGCCAACACAAACAAAAUACUUUCAAAUCAAGUAUUCCAAAAAGUAUCGAUUGGUCCCUGGGCUUUCUUACACAAUUACAGUCCAAUUUUGCCCUGAUGAAUGGCGAUACUUUUAUGACAGUAUCCGUGUCCACUGUAAGGAUGAUACCCUUCUCAUUCCUAUACAUGCAUAUCCAGUGAUAAACGAUUUGGACUUCCCUUCACACAUUAACCUCUCCUGCGUUCCCCUUGGGCAGAGCAAGACCCAUGUUAUCCCUCUGAGCUGCAGCUGUCCGAUUGACUUUGAGUUUGAGAUUUGCAGUAUUCAGCCUCACAAAGCCUUUACCAUUGAACCACUUUCAGGAAUCAUACCAGCAAAUGGGCAGAUAGAUGUUGUUGUCACAUUUACCCCAUUUGAGUAUGGCACCACACAGACAACAAUGCAGCUUGUAAUCUCACAAUUCAAUUCAAAGCCUUAUGUCUGCACGUUCACUGGGACAUCAUCUCCAUGCCUUGCACUAAGAACCAGGAACAAAGAUGAGGAAACAAAAGACGCUUUAUUAAAGCAGCAGCUUGAUCCCCGGAAAAUAUCACUGGUACACUUAUCCAGGGCAAAAAGAAAAUUAAAACCUGUGCAGUCUACUGAAAAAACAAUGGAGAUUGAGUACCAGAACCUAAAACUUCCAGUGGAUUUAUCAAAUCAUAGCUCUGUGGCUAAGGUUUUAAUUGAGCAGCCAGGAAAGCUACGGGCUAAAGACAUGAAAGAAGCACUGUCCCAUGCCGGUGAUGGGCUCAAAACAAGACAAAUGAAAGAAGCCUCAUUUGAGCAAAGGGUUCGCCUUGAUGUCCUGGAAGAAAGAGCCAAUCAGCUGAGAUGGCAAGUGCACCUUGGCAAAGAUCCAAUUUCUACACCUUUGAAAAGGCAAAUUCUGGUGGACAGAGAGAUAUCACAGCAUGAAUACAAGGUAAAAAGAGGGGACCCAUUUAUCGAAAAAGAAUUGGAAAGAACCCAAUCUCGGGUAUCAUUCAGACGAGUUCUGCGAACUGCGGGGCAGUUUCCUACCGCCAUACCAAAAUUUGAUGUGUAUUCAAACAACCCCUGGGAAGUCAGACACAGAGCCCUAAGUCAUUUCCAACAAGCUGCUCGAAAGAUCUUGAUACGUUGUCGGAUGAACAACAGACUGCUUUCGUUAAACGAUCUAGUUCAAAGUAUUAAAAGACAGACCAGUAAAACACCAGGAGCAGAGGACAGCUUUUCCAGUACGGACUUUCCAGCUGUUGGUGUCGAAGAUAAGCCAUUCCUUAUGAAACUGUCAUUGGAAAACUUGCUUCCUUUCUCCUUUCCCAUCUACACACCUCCCAACCAGACUGAUGAACUUGCUCCUCAUGCCCUGGGACCUGUACCUGUCAAACCAACUGAACUAACAUUUAAACCAGUAGUCCCAUUCUACAACUUAAAGGUUCCCCAGCACUUCAAACUGAUGGGAUAUCAAACAGAAUCAGCCCUUGAUGCAUCAACGAGUUAUGUUCCCCAAACACUGUCUCGACCGCUUAGGUCAGGUGCUGAGGAUGAGCUGAUCCCAGCAGCGACUUGGCCUUCUUCUGCAACCCAGUUAGUUGACCUAGAGGAGCAGCAGUUCCUGGAAUGGGAGAAAAACACUUCUGCUGCUCUAUCAUUAACCCCACCUGAAGCUCUACUGAGACCCCCGGAGUGCCAUCCUCUAAAGAUAUUCAAUCCUGCUCCAGGUCUUUAUACAUUUAAGCAGCCCCUCUCCUACUUAGAGACUGACCUUGAAUUUCACCUGUGCCCAGUCCCAAGAUACACUGUCAUCAAGGAUGCUGCAGCAAGGGCUAAUGUUCCCAACACACAGAAGAAAUUUCUUGAUCGAGAGGAGGUGAUUUGCAGUGUAAUGGCAUGGAAGAAGUUUCCGUCUGCGUCUCUUGCUGCUUUGUCCCUCACUGCAACCUUGACCAGCUCAUGGACACCUCGAGGAUCAGACCCUUUUGGCACAGAUUUGCUUCCUACUGCAGUCCCUCCCACACUGGAUGGCUUACCAGAAGAGAUCAAAGAAGAUAUAUUGGAGGCCAUGCAUGAGAGUGAAGGGGUUUCUCUCACACCUGAGAUGCUGAAGGCUGAGUUUCCAAUGAUUGAAAGCCUACCAACAACAGAACAACUUAAAGCUAGAUCAGCAAAAGAUGAGAGCAGUACAUGUCUACAAAGCAAAACUCCCUUACAGACGACAGUAUAUGCCAAUGGACCUAUAUCCAGAGAUGUAAGAGAACAACAACUGGAGCAAUAUCUACAAUCCCAGAACAAUAAACUUGGAGCAAAAGUUCAAACUCGGCUGAAUCAACUGAAGAUGGUGGCCAGGCCUGGUGGUAAAGAUGUAAUACACGACUGAUGUCUUACUGCAAUACUGACUAAAGGUUGUUUAAUGCUAAUAUCACUUUUUCUUAAUGUACAUGCCUUUUUGUAGCAGAUUAUAAAAUAUUACAUUCAAAAGUAUUGAGGAAAAUGUAAUUGAUUAAUUGGGUGUUUAAUUGAGUGUUUGUAUUAGCUGUCAUAUUUAAAUAGGCAUUUGUUUACAUUACUGUUGUAAUAAAUGUUUUUGAUUAAACUAAUUCAGCACCAGUUUUUAUACAAUAUCUAUAGAGAUGUAAUACAUACUGUAUAUUCUCUUGCAUCAUUGCUGAAUAAAAA